AUGGAGGGGCUGAAAACCUUGGGCCCCUGUGGCCACCCCCACCCCCAAUGUCCCCCAGCGCCAGCCUCCAGCAGCCAUGGAGAAUGCCUGGACCAGCCCUGCCAGGGAUUUGCAGGGUGGCCCUGCCUGGGCCCCAUCUCCUCUGCUCACUCAGUGCAGUCCCAGAGACCUUUCCCAGUCCCAGGGGCAGGGGGCAGGACGCCCAGAGUGGAGGGCGAGGCUCCUGGGCUCUUUCUGUCCAGCCAGGAGCAGAGGGCGAGAGACCCUGAGGGGCCAAGACAAGGAGACGUGGAGCCAGGGCUUGGGUGGGGCUGGCCCCUGCACCCAGGGUCGAACCAGCGGGCUCCCAGGCAGGGGGGAUCCACUGGUUCAGAGCCCAGACCCUGCCCAUGCCCAGCCCUGUCACCAGAGGGAGGGGCCCUGGCCUCUGCAGAGCCGCUGGGCUCUGCAGAACAGUCCUUCCUGCAGCUGGAGCAGGAGAACCACAGCCUGAAAAGGCAGAACCAGGACCUUCGAGAGCAGCUGGGGGCCCUCCUAGGGCCGGGGCAGCAGUUCUUGUCCCUGUGUCCUGAACACUCAAGCUGCACUGCUCUGACCUGGCCCCCCGACCCAGCUGGCACACAGCCCUUGGGGAACAGGGCACCUCUGCAGCUGCUGCGGCGGGAGCUGUGCCAGGGGCAAGAGGAUUUCGUGCAGCAGUCCCAGAACGAGCUGCAGCAGAUCCGCCUGUGCUUUGAGAGGAAGAAGAUGGUCAUCACAGAGGUGUGGGACAACGUGGCUGAGAUGCACAUGGCCCUGAACGACCAGGCCACGGGCCUCCUGAACCUCAAGAAGGACAUCCGGGGCGUACUGGACCAGAUGGAGGAUAUCCAGCUGGAGAUACUCAGGGAGCGGGCCCAGUGCCGCACUCGAGCCAGGAAGGAACAGCAGGUGGUGAGCAUGGCAAAAGGGAGGCCAAAGCUGGGAAGCUCCAAGAGCCUGGCAGGCCAGCUCUGGCUGCUGACCCUGAGGCUGCUGCUGGGCACCUUGCUGGUCUGGACCGCUGCCUACGUGUACGUGGUGAACCCCACACCCUUCGAGGGACUGGUGCCGCCCCUGCUGAGCCGUGCCACCGUCUGGAAGCUCCGGGCCCUGCUGGACCCCUUCCUGCGCCUCAAGGUGGAUGGCUUCCUGCCCUUCUAG